UUGUCUUUCAAUUUGCAGGUGCAGCCCGCUAAUGAAUUCCCCCUUCGCUCUGACCAUGAGAGAGGGACCAGACCUCAGGUAGCAGCGUGGCUCACAGCUGAAGGCUUGGGAACUCGAUGCUCCAUUGCCAAAAGACACAGACAGGUGGACAGACGGGUGGACAGACAGACAAACUGCACGCGGUGCCUCCCAGCACUGCAGGAGCAGAGGACGGCGCUGCCCAUCGCGCAGACUCCACUGAUGCCACUAACCAACACAGCAGCUCUGACCCCGUCACCCUUUGGGAGAAGGGGACUGUAGCCCCAAAGCUCCUCUCUGCCAGCUCCCAGAUGCUAUAGUAAUUUGACACAUUAAUGUCCCAAAGCCCCAAUAAUUGUCAAAGCAGACCACAGUUUAAGGCGCUCUACCCAGUGACACGUUUGCAGCAGACAGGAAGGUCGAGGAACACCAGAUCCAGCACCAUCCCGCAGCCUCUCCAAUUUGCUCCUAUCAAAUUUCAUCAGCGACUCAGAACUUGAUCUUUCUAUUGAUUGACUGGAGUCACCUCUAGAUAUUUUCAUGCUGAUUUGGAAGCUCUUUCAUACGACAAAAGGGGGAAAAAAAAAAUGAGGUUAAGGAAGACUUUUGACCACUGAGCAGCAAUCCCAGCCCAAACUUGCCCAAGCAAGUCAUUUGCAAAUUUGGCUUCUGUGCAGAGAGAAACUUUCCACAGCCGAACACAACGUGGGAUCACUCCUGUCCUCACCCUGACCUCCCUAGAGUGGACCAUCUGUAAAUGAGGAGUUUCCAUGCUGAACCUGAGAGCACCCCCUAGCCCAGCAGCCGCCUCCCCCUGGACUCCCAGCACGUCCCCAGCCCAGGGCACCCACGCUCGGCCGCAGCUGCCAUGCUGUACCUGCUGGCUCUCCUCCUGCACCGUCUCCCCUUGGCUAUGGGACAGUAUGACAUUUGCAAGUCCUGGGUGACCACCGACGAUGGCCCAUCAUGGGAGUUCUACGCAUGUCAGCCCAGGGCCAUGAGGAUGAAGGAUUAUGUGACAGUCAGAGUGGAUCCAGCAGGAAUCACAUGUGGGGACCCUCCGGAGAGGUUCUGCACUCAUGAGAACCCGUACCUGUGCAGCGAUGAGUGCGACGCCUCCAACCCAGACCUGGCCCACCCACCAAAGCUCAUGUUUGACAGCGAGGAUGAAGGCUUGGCCACGUACUGGCAGAGUGUGACGUGGCGCCGGUACCCGGAACCGCUGCUGGCCAACAUCACUCUGUCCUGGAACAAGAGCAUCGAGCUGACGGACGACAUCGUGAUCACCUUUGAGUACGGCCGUCCCACCAUCAUGAUGUUGGAGAAGUCGCUGGACAACGGGAGGACUUGGCACCCGUACCAGUAUUAUGCAGAUGACUGCAUGGAGGCCUUCAGCAUGCCAGCACGGAGGGUCCGGGACCUCUCCACCACCAGUGCCAACAGGGUCCUCUGCACGGAGGAAUAUUCCCGCUGGGCGGGCUCCAAAAAGGAGAAGACCGUCCGUUUUGAGGUGAGAGACCGCUUCGCCAUCUUUGCUGGCCCCGACCUCAAGAACAUGGACAACUUGUACACAAGGCUGGAGAGCGCCAAGGGGCUCAAGGACUUCUUCACCGUGACCGACCUGAGGAUGAGGCUGCUGCGACCGGCGCUGGGGGGCACCUACGUGCAGAGGGAGAACCUCUACAAGUACUUCUACGCUGUCUCCAACAUUGAAGUCACCGGCAGGUGCAAAUGCAACCUCCACGCUAACCUGUGCACCUUCAAGGAGGGCAGCCUGCAGUGCGAGUGUGAGCACAACACCACGGGGCAGGACUGUGGCAAGUGCAAGAAGAACUUUCGCUCCAGGUCUUGGCGAGCAGGAUCCUACCUGCCCCUCCCCAACGGGUCCCCCAAUGCAUGUGCAGCUGCAGGCUCAGCCUUUGGCAUGUUUGAGCGACCGCAGCGGGUUACCACUGCAAAAACGACCACUGCAAAACCCAUCCCCACCACCACAACCACCACCACCACCAGCACCCCCCUUCCUGCCUCCACCACCACCCAACCAGCAAGCAUCAUCAGACCGGCCUCUGAGCCCGCUGCCUCUGUGCCCAUGAAAGAGGAGGAGGAAAAACCAGCUGUUCAGAGCUCAACAAAAGUAGCAGCACCUGAACCCAAGCUGAAGCCACCAGACCCUCCCAAGAACAUUCGAGCAGCUCCGAAGAACAAAGCAGGGCGCACAGCACACUCUGCAGGCAAGAGGCAUGGGAAGAAGUCAGCAUCCUCAAAGAACUCAAAACUCAUCCGGCUCCAACCAGACACCGGCCCGGUGGCUCCUAUUGAAACAUAUAAAGACUGUGAGUGCUACGGCCACUCCAACCGCUGCAGCUACAUCGACUUCCUGAACGUGGUGACCUGUGUGAGCUGCAAGCACAACACGCGGGGCCAGCACUGCCAGCACUGCCGCCUGGGUUUCUACCGCAACAGCUCGGCAGAGCUGGACGAUGAGAAUGUAUGCAUAGAAUGUAACUGCAAUCAGAUCGGCUCCCUGCACGACCGCUGCAACGAGACCGGCUACUGUGAAUGCAAGGAAGGAGCCACGGGGCCAAAGUGUGACGACUGCCUGCCCAACUACUACUGGAGACAGGGCUGCUUCCCCAACGUCUGUGACGAUGAGCUCCUGCUCUGCCAGAACGGCGGCACCUGCUACCAGAACCAGCGCUGCAUCUGCCCCGUGGGCUUCAAGGGGGUCCUGUGCCAGCAGUCACGGUGCGAAGCUGACAAAAAGGACUGUGAUGGUGCCUCCAGCACGCGGGCUGCCAUCAGCACCGUCCUCCUCAGCACGCUGGGCCUGCAGCUGCGUGGCUGGGCUGACCUCUGAGGCCGGGAGGAGGGAGCCCAGCCGAGGCACAGCACCGAGGGUCCAGGGAGCGCAAGGCAAAGGUGGAUCUUCCCACCAGCUCCUCUGCCUUCCUUCAUGCUAGGACUUGCACAACGUCUUUUGGCCGCUUUUCAAGCAGUUGAAAAGCAGGGCCGACUCCUGACCACGGAACCACGCGGGGCGGCCGCAGCACAGAGCUGAUGGCUGAGCAGCAACGCAGGGACUGCAGCAGAGCCACGCAGAUACGGCCGUCCUUCCUUCCCCGCUCCGCACAGGGCGACCCGGGGCCCUGGUGCCAUAGUGCCGCAAUCCAAGGGAGAAUUAUUUUUUUUUUUAAUGAUUUAUUUACUUUGGUAUAAGUUGGGGUGUUCUUUUUCUUCCCUCCCUCUUAGUGUCCUGUUUCAAAAAAGCCUCUCAUGAUAACAUCAGAGUCCCGCAACACCACAAGGAGGGGAAGGGAGGGAGGGAAGAGGGACUCUGCUUCAUCCCGCUGUGUAGCCCCGCCGCCAGCCGAGCCUGGCUGCUCACAUACCGUUGCCUACAGCUCUAGUUGCUGCAUUGAUUUUGUAUCUCAUUGCCGGGUUUUGUUUUCUUGCACUUACAGAGAACACAGGGGCCGUUAGGCAUACGGUGCGUGAGGAGGGCAGUGUCUUAUCCACACAUUUCCGUAUAGUGUACGGUUCAAAUCCUCUUUUUUUUUUUUUUUUGGUAGAGACUUAUUUUUGUUUGAAGUAAAUGUUAUAAAGGAACCACAACUUAAAGGGACAUUUUGCCAUGAGCGUUUGAUUAUGGUGUAUCCUCCUACAGUAAAGCAACUACCAAUUGCUGCUUGAUUGCCACGUUUUCCUUUCUGUGUGCACAGUUAAUUACAGGUAAAGACUUAUUUUUUUUAUUCAUAA